AUGAUCACUCUAUUAGGUCUUUUGUGUAUUGGUGUCAAUAUCGCGACAUUAUUUUAUUAUUCUUCAGAUUUGGGACCUUGUCCUAAUUGGGUUUAUUAUACUUUUGCUUUUGGAUUAUUUGCUUAUCAAUCUUUGGAUGCUAUUGAUGGUAAACAAGCAAGACGUACUGGAGCUUCAGGACCUCUUGGUGAAUUAUUUGAUCAUGGAUGCGAUGCUAUCAAUACAUCAUUGGGUGUGAUGACUUGGGCUUCUGCUACUUAUUUAGGACAAAGUUGGUGGACAGUAGCUUCUUUAGUGGCAAGUUUAGGUAAUUUUUAUCUUUCAACAUGGGAAGAAUAUCAUACUGGUAUUCUUUAUCUUGGUCAUUUUAGUGGUCCUGUGGAAGGUGUUUUGAUGUUGGUAGGUGUUCAAUUAGUGUCUGGUUAUUUUGGUCCUGCUGUUUGGACUUUACGUUUGGAAGAAGUCGCGCCAUUGCUUCAAUGGUCAUACAGUGCUCAUACUCGUUUGAUCGGUUCUUUACAAUUAAAUCAUAUUUUGAUUUUAAUUGGUUCUUUGGUUCUUGUUUUGAAUAUUGUUACUGGGUUGAUCAAUGUUAUUUCUGUCAAGUUACACCCUACAGAUUAUUCGCGUGUCGAUGAUGGAUCUAUCAUUAAGGCUAUGCUUGGUUUGGUGCCUUUUAUUAGCAUGUGUUAUAUCACAUAUCAAUGGAUGUGCUUGUGGCCUGAUCUUGUGAAUGAACAUUUGGCACUCUUUAUUCCUGUAUUGGGUUUAUUGUUUGGUUUUCAAGUUGGUCUGAUGAUCUUGGCUCAUGUUGCCAAAUUACCUUUUCCCUAUGCUAAUGUGCCUGUUUUAGGCUUUUUGUCUUUGGGUUACUUGUAUGCUUAUUUGGAAACAAUGGGUUAUUUGUAA